GUACGUAUUUCUACAAAAUUUGUUAUUUCCCAUAUAUAUAUAUAUAUAUAAUAAUAAUAAAUUAAUGAUAUAAUACAUUGGCUUGCUUGCAUACUACCAGUGACAUCAUAAUCGGUGGAGGCAACGAUUAGAUACAUCGAAUAACAAAUUCAAUGUAUACGUCCUCUUAUAUUUUCAAAGUCCGCGAAUCAGACUUCUAAAAUAUGAAUUUUGUAUCGUAAUGUAAUUAAAUACUUAGAAGACAAGAUGAGAAGUCGCGAAAGUAAUUUAAAUCGAACUCUCGAUAACUUUUUUAUAGUAUUAUAUUAUUGAUUUACUUAAUUGUGUAUGUCGUCAUCGAUCUUUAAUGGAUCAUUCUCAUAUAGUAUUUAUCUAUUUCCCAUCGACGUCUCUAGCUAGAAGACAUUGAUGGACAACAAAUGCCGGUUCUCAAAAGAGUACUCAUGGAGGGAAUUGUUGGUACGUGGCAAACCCUAAACUUAGGGUUUCCCUCUCCAACCGACCUAACCUAUCGAUCUACCUUUUUCAAUGUUGCAGCUCUCAAUGGUGAGUUAAUUAAGCUUCGAUCUAAUGCCGUAUCUUUGAUGCCUAUUCUCAAUGUUCAUAGACUAAGUACCGAUUUAGGAACGAAAAUUAAUGGACGAGGUUGUUUGUCUCCUUCAUAAAUCACAACAUAUGCCGGAACCAUGUGUUAAUAUUAUUUUUUAUUUUUUUAUUUUUUUGCCAAAAGUGACCAAGUUUCUUGCAGUCACCCUUUUCUUGGACAACAAUGCAAGAGAUGCACAAACGGCAUUUUCCCUCCGAUUAUUCCCGGGAAACAAACAGACAAGACAACCAAGGGCAUAUUGGGGAAAGCCACCAAAAUCCUUAUUCCCGUUUUCAAUUAUUUUAUUUUUUGCGGGAAAUCCCUCCCAGCCAGCCCAACCAGAGAAUCUAACCAUGGUUAGCACCUCGUUGUUAGGUGAGCGCGAGAUUGCCCUGACCACUGACCAAGUCGAGUUUGGUGGGCGUUGAGAUUUUAUUUAUUUUUAUUUUUAUUUUAUUUCCUUUCCUUCCCCUUAUUAAACCCAACCUCUCACUUCCCAUCUCUCCAGGGAAAGAAAUUUUUGACCAGGAAAAAAAAAAAAAAAACUGAAUUGAACUAAGCAAGAUUUCUCUCCUCCCCUGAAUCGCCGGCACCAACUCCCACCCACCACAAGGACCUCCAGCAAAAGUUCAGGGAUUCUCAAUUCCAGCGAGGAGUGAAUUACUUGGAAUUGGAAAUGGACUCGCCCUCAUCCGCAGCGGCGGCGUCGUCGGGAUCUCUGUCGGCGAUCGAUCUGAUGGCGGCAAUUAUCCGGAGGAAGUUCGCCGACCCGUCCAACGCGUCGUCGGAGCCGGGAGGUGCGGUGGCGGAGGUCACCUCGCUGAUCCUGGACAACAGGGAGUUUGUCAUGAUCCUGACGACCACGGUAGCCGUGCUGAUCGGGUGUGUGGUGGUGCUUGUGUGGAGAAGAUCCAGCUCGCAGAAGCGGAGCUACCAGCCACCGACGCCGUUGGUUAUCAAGAAGAAGGAGGAGGUGGUGGUUGAUGAUGGGAAGAAGAAGGUCACCGUGUUCUACGGUACUCAGACUGGUACCGCUGAAGGAUUCGCCAAGGCUCUAGCCGAGGAGGCGAAAGCCAGGUAUGAGAAAGCAGUAUUCAACGUUGUUGAUAUGGAUGAUUAUGCCGGGGAUGACGAUGAAUACGAAGAGAAGUUCAAGAAAGAGUCCAUCGCUUUCUUCUUCCUCGCUACAUAUGGAGAUGGUGAGCCGACCGAUAACGCAGCAAGGUUCUACAAGUGGUUUAUUGAGGGUAAAGAAGCUCGAGGGGAAUGGCUUAAGAUGAAGUAUGGAGUGUUCGGCCUUGGCAACAAGCAAUACGAACACUUCAAUAAGAUUGCUAAGGAGGUGGAUGAUAUUCUCGCUGAGCAAGGUGGCAAGCGCCUUGUUCCUGUGGGUCUAGGUGAUGAUGAUCAAUGCAUGGAAGAUGACUUCUCUGCGUGGAAAGAGUUGGUAUGGCCAGAGCUUGAUGGAUUGCUUCUUGAUGAGGAUGAUCAAACAUCUGCUACCACCCCUUAUACGGCUGCGGUGUUGGAAUAUCGGGUUGUGUUCUAUGACUCCACUGACGCACCAGUAGAAGACAAAAGCUGGAGUGGUGCCAAUGGCCAUACUGUUUAUGAUGCUCAGCAUCCAUGCAGGUCGAAUGUUGCCGUGAGGAAAGAGCUUCACACUCCUCUUUCUGAUCGAUCUUGCACCCAUUUGGAAUUUGACAUUGCUGGCACUGGACUCUCAUAUGAAACUGGGGAUCAUGUUGGUGUGUACUCUGAGAAUGUCGAGGAGGUUGUAGAAGAGGCACUGCAGCUGUUAGGCUUGUCGCCCGACACUUACUUCUCCGUCCAUACCGACAAAGAGGAUGGCACACCACUCGGUGGAAGCUCAUUGCCAACGCCAUUCCCACCGUGCUCCUUGAGAACAGCUCUCACUCGAUAUGCCGAUCUUUUGAAUGCACCGAAAAAGUCUGCUUUGCUUGCUUUAGCAGCUCAUGCUACUGAUCCUACUGAAGCUGAUAGAUUAAGAUAUCUCGCGUCGCCUGCUGGCAAGGAUGAAUAUGCGAAAUGGGUAGUUUCAGAACAGAGAAGUCUCCUUGAGGUUAUGGCUAAAUUUCCCUCUGCAAGGCCCCCACUUGGAGUUUUCUUUGCUGGAGUCGCUCCUCGCUUGCAGCCUCGAUUCUAUUCUAUCUCUUCAUCUCCAAGGAUGGCGCCAUCUAGAAUCCACGUGACUUGUGCUCUGGUGCUUGAGAAAACCCCAGGAGGACGGCUUCACAAGGGAGUGUGCUCAACUUGGAUGAGGGAUGCUACUCCUAUGGAGAAGAGCCAAGACUGCAGUUGGGCCCCCAUCUUUGUUCGACAAUCGAAUUUCAGACUUCCUGCAGAUACUAAAGUUCCCAUCAUAAUGAUUGGUCCUGGGACUGGGCUGGCGCCUUUCCGUGGCUUCCUGCAGGAAAGACUUGCACUCAAAGAAUCUGGAGCAGAACUUGGGCACUCUAUCUUCUUCUUCGGUUGCAGAAACCGCAAGACGGAUUUCAUCUACGAGGAUGAACUCAACAACUUCGUCGAAACCGGUGCACUCUCUGAGCUGAACGUUGCCUUCUCGAGGGAAGGAGAUACCAAAGAGUAUGUGCAGCAUAAAAUGAUGCAGAAGGCUUCGGAGAUCUGGGACCUCAUCUCUCAGGGAGCCUAUGUUUACGUAUGUGGUGAUGCCAAAGGCAUGGCCAGAGACGUUCAUCGAACUCUCCACACCAUUGCGAUCGAGCAGGGAUCGCUUGACUCAUCCAAGGCCGAGAGCUUGGUGAAGAAUCUGCAAAUGAGUGGUCGGUACCUGCGUGACGUGUGGUAAUUACUCGAUAACCACGCACUAUCGAGCGAAGGCUCGAUAAAUUAUUAAUAAAGAAAAGAAGAAAAAAGAUGGUGAAAAGAGGACACUUCUGGGGAAGAAGUACAGGUUUUGCCAAAAUGCAAAGCCUUUUUGAUGAUGGUUGAAACUUGAAAGAGAUGAUCGAAUUGGUGAGAGGGCUAAAUAUUUGUCCUUCCUUCCCCAUGUGCAUCUGAAGUAGGGUUAUUGUUACUGAUCGAUGUUGUAUCAUGUUAUAGUAGACGACUACACUAUUCUUUUUGUUCUCUCUUUGAUUUUUCACUAUUGUGGAAGGAUUAUUGUUGCUCUGUUUAUUCUUUUCUUUUCCCACUUCUUUCUUUUUUUGGGAUGAUGGUCAUGUAAGUUGAUGUAUUCCAUGUUGAUUAGAGUUGUAUUAAGCUUAACUUGGAUCCAAAGUUUGUGACUUGCCAUUUCAUUUGCCUUAUUCCGAGUUGCUUGAAUCGAAAGUGAUAACGGUAAACCAAACUCUAUUGAAAGUGUAUACCGUCCACGAUGAAGUACAAAACCAAAGACCUAUCGUUUUAACCUAUGCCCAUACUUAGAGCUUCAAACCUCCUGUAUUGCUUCUAAAGUUUGUUUAAUUUUCACCAUGAAAAAGCAUUAUUAGAUAAGACUAAAAAAACAAACCUUAUGUGCUAUACAUUUGCCCCCACCAAUAAUAAUUCGAUGGUAAAAUCCAUGCGAGACAUUGGUAUGGAUAGUGUGUACCCCGUGAAUAGAGCUAUAGAGUUCAUAUAUAUAUAUACCAAAAUGAUAGUAAACACAAUUCCUUCUUAUAAACUCGGGAUGAUCUUUGAUAGACACACAGAUUUCCCGCGAUUUGAUUCGUGAGAAGGAUGUUGGUUCUCGUACAAAGGGUUCCACAGGUAUAAAACAAGGGAGUACUGCAGGAGGAGCCAUCCGAAGGCAGAGCCGUGGCAGAGUACGUAUUGGGGGAAAUCGACGUGGAGGCGGCACUUGCUGUUUUCUGCCACGUCGAUGAACCGGUAGCAAGAUUCGUCGUCGUGGCAUGAAUUACCGGCCCCCGACAGGAGACAACUCAAAGCAUGGCAGAGAUAUCAACCAUUACUAGAUCGGGACCAGCGACAAUAAGGAAAACAAAAGCAUAGUAGGAGAAGGAAAGCGGUUUGCCGAGUGGGUUAACUCAACAAUUUGAGUUAUUAAAAUCGAUUGGUUAAUGACAUACUAUUAGAAUUAGAUGGAUGUGCAUUGGUAAACUUCAGAUUCGUGAAUUGACUUUCAUUGAGAGUCAUGUGUAUAUGAAAAAUUUCCAUUCGAUUUUGAGAGAUUUGAUUAUAACAUGAUCGAAUCAAAUUAUCUUUUGAUUUAGUGUAAGGUCAACUAAACUCUCACUUUCUCUCCUAUUUCCUAUUCUUAUUAUUGUCAUUUGGUUGAAUGCAUAGUACAAUAUUAACAACCCUCAAUGUAAAGAGGAAAUGCAAAUUACAUGAAAACAUUAAAUGUCAUCCCAAUAGGCAAUAACUCAAGUUGUUGAGAGAUUCAUGUAUGAUACUUAACUACUUUCUUACAAAUCCUUUUCAACGAAAGUCAAUUUACAGACUUCAAGUUCGCCAUACCAUGUGCUUUACAGACAACAAUUAAUAUGAGAGGUUGUAAAAACAUGAACAUGAGACCUUAAAGACAAACCAAUUCUAAUACAAACUCAAAGACAAAAAAACCAGGUUAUCGAGGGAAGUUCAUCUGUACUUGACCACUAGACAAACUAUUUUGGGCGCAUCAAUGAAGCCCAAAACACUCAAAGAGUAGAAGUAAGAGCCCAUUGACAUGCACUCGGCCACAUGACAUGAAACGGUGGUACAAUGAUUUGGCCAUCUCGAGCAUGAGCAUGACACUUUUCGUGAUUAGUAAUUAAACAUUGACAUAAACAAAUGCACAACCAAAAUCUCAAAACCUGAAAACCACCUAUUACAAAAAUUGACAAAAAUAAGGGUAAAAAGGUAUG